AUGGGUUCUAGACUGAGCAGGCAGAGUAGUCUUGAUAAUGAGAAUUUCUCCAAAAAGCGACGCAACCACCUAGAUAGCACAGGGGAGAGCGACAGGGGCAGCCGGGGCGGCGGGGACUUUCUGUUUGCACUGAUGCUGAAAUCAGACAAACUGCCCGGGAUGCUGCGGAAAGCCAACCACAGCCCAUACAUCCGACGGGUUACGUGGAUCAAGGAGAUACAGAAGCUACUUCGUGAUCGCAGGAUAGAGCAGGCUACCGACGUGCUCAGAUUAUUAAGGAAGGAUCUGGGUUUGGAAGGCACCUCGCUCAAUGACAUCCUAUACAAAAAUGCUGCCUUCCUCAACCUGGUGGACCCCAUCUCCCAUGAGCUGCUGCUCAGCCUGGCACGAGAGAUGCAAUGUCCCAAGAAGGAUACAGACACCAUCAAAUCAUCAGAUAAGAUUUGCAGACAGCUCAUCUACCACCUGACUCCACACUCCAAGUGGCUGAGGCAGAGCAUGUCCAGACGGAAGUCCCAAGCCUGUCUCAAGACAACCCUACAAAGAAAGCUCUCCAGUGACACGGUUGACCUGUCCAGCAUCCCGCUGUCCAGCCGAGAUGUCCGUCAGGUGGCCUUCUAUCUCCAGAACAACGGGGACAGCAUAGUGGCAGUGGAUAUCAGUUUCACCGAGCUGCAUGAUGACAACCUGAGGCUCCUUCUGCCCCUCCUCGGCUCACUGCCUAAACUCAGCACCCUGGCACUCAAUGGCAAUCGCCUCACCCUGGCCAUUGUCAAAGACCUCACAGAGAUGCUAAAAGACCCCAAGACAUUCUCCAGCCUGGCCUGGAUAGAUCUUGGCAACAAUGUGGAUAUUUUCACCAUGCCUCAGCCACUUUUAGUCGCCCUGCGUCGCCGCUGUAGCCUGAAGAGCAGUCUGCCUACCAUCUACGAGUACACCGAGGGGCAGCCGUACUGCUACCGCAUGGAGACCUCCAUCGAGGAACCAAGCCACUACGAGGAGGAAGAAGAGGAGGAGGAGGAAGGGGAAGACGAUGAGGAUGAAAUGGGCAACAAGCAUGUGUUAGAGCCCUGGGGAUUGGGGGGAAAGCGGCUUUCCAAAGACUUCACCCUUCACUACUGUGAGAGGUGAUUUAGGCAUUUCUCCUCUAAAGUUGACCCAGCCAGGGUUGAAGUGUUGUCCUGCAGCUCUCUCUGUUACUUCCUUUGCCCUCUUGGCCUCUCACCAUGA